AUGAUCUAUGAUGAGGAUAGCCGUGAGAGUGCUGCUCAUUACAAGUCCUUGCAUGAUAAGAAAGGAAAAAGGAAAUUCCUAGGGAAGUCGUAUGAUGGUAAGAAGAAAGAUGGUGAUGGAAAGAAGCCUAGUGGGGAAGGAUCUCACACUCCUGUCAAGUGCUUUAGAUGUGGUGUUGAGGCACAUCGGGCUCCCGAGUGUCCUAAGGGCGAUGUAACUUAUUUCAAGUGUGGCAAGCAAGGUCACAAAUCUUUUGAUUACAAAGUUGGUUCGAAUGUGACUUGUUACAACUGUGGUGAGCAAGGGCACAUUAGUACCAAGUGCAACAAGCCGAAGAAGGAGCAAGCCAAAGGGAAAGUGUUUGCAUUGUUCGGUGCUGAUACUUCUGCUGAGGAGAGAUUGAUUCGAGGUACAUGCUUUAUUAAUAAUAUGCCUUUGAUUACUAUUAUUGAUACCGGUGCGACGCAUUCUUUUAUUUAUUUGGAUUGGGCUAAGAGAUUGAAUCUUGAAUUAUCUGUUAUGCGUGGAAGCAUGAUUAUUGAUACUCCGGUUAUGGGUUCAGUGACUAGUUCAUCUGUUUGUUUGAAAUGUCCGUUGAAUAUCUGUGAUAAAUAUUUUGAAGUUGAUUUAGUGUGUCUUCCAUUGAGUCAACUUGAUGUUAUUUUGGGAAUGGACUGGUUAAAGGCCAACCAUAUCUAUAUCAAUUAUUUUGCGAAAGUUGUUCUUUUUCUUGAGCCAGAGAAGGAAGGUGAUUUAUUCUUGUCUACUCAACAAGUGAAUGAAUCUGUGUGA